AUGACCGCCACCGUGUCACUCUUUGAGCGCAGCAAGCGCGUCUACCUGGAGGAAGAGGCGAAGCUGCAGGCUAUCAUAUGCAGCGACCAGUUCCUCCGCGCAUUUCAGUCAUGGCUUGACCAGAGCAUCUCGCAGCUGGACUUCCAGUACGAGCGAUGCGAACAGCAGUUAUCGGUGCUACAGCAGCACGUGUCGGUGCCCAAAGGUGCUUUCUGGAGUAGCAAGGCAGUCAUUGAGCACUGCAACUUGCACCUGGCGGAGCGCCGGCUUCUGCGCCGUAACACGGAACUGGACGGGGACCAGCACGCAGAGCUGCCGGCGGUGAUUCAGCUCGUGUCGACGCUGCAGCAGACCAAGUCGCACUCCUUCAUCACCCCGAAACAGCGCCGCUUCAUUGAGGAGUGCGAGGCGGAGCUGAAGUCCGUUGUCUUCGAGCCACGCGAUCUCCUUUUCAUCACCAACGCGCUGCAGACGAAGCUCGUUGAGGAUGGCAAUACACGACGUGUCUUUGAUGACUUGACAGUCUUUCAAAACACAAUUGAGGAGGUCUCGCCUGAUAUCGAUCAGUGCGAGCAGCUGCUGGAGGCAAGCAUUGCGAAUGGCGAGAUGGGUCUCGCCGAGGACAUCUCGAAGCGCCAGCUGGAUGUGUACGAGCACCUUUUGCGCCUCAUCACAGACCAGUACCCGAUCAUCUCCAACUACUACUCCGAGUCACGCAGCAGCGAACGUCGGCGGCGCUGGGCAGUGUUCCGCAUGGUGGACCGCGACAUCACCGCCGUAAUCGAGGCGAAGCACCGCCAGAUCGAAGCCUGCGAGGAGGACAUGCUCAAAAUACAAGAGCAGAUGUCCAACUACAGCUCUGACGAUGUGCAGCAGCGCAAGCGCUACGAGGCUGACCGCGCCGAGUCAGACGAGUUCUUACAGCAGAACAAGGAGAAGCAGCAAAGCGUGUGGAACCGCAUCUUUACCCUUUUUCAAGAGUUACAGACAUGCUCGAGUGAGCUGACGACGCUGGCGCAGCAGCGGCACAAGGAGGUGGAGCGACGACUGCAGAUGGAGGAGCGCGAGGCAGGACGGCGCAGCGGACACGAGAGCUUCCUGCAGGCCGCCGCGGAGCAUGCGCAGAAGCUGCAGGACACCAUCAACAACGCCGCCGCCGCGCGCAACCUUGCCACGUCGCUCAACGACUUUGUGCUAGACGGCUGCGACAACAUUGCUGCCAAAUACGACAAGCAGCAGAACGCGCUGGGGGAGCUGUUGCGGCUCGUGCAGCAGCACCACUUCACGCGCUUCUCCGACUACUACAUCGCCGCCAGCCGCUACCUCUACCGCAAGGAGCGGCGGCUGAGCCAGAUGGAUGCGGAGAUGUGCACCAACAAUAUGCAUCGUGAGAUCCUCUCCGACACGCUCGAUCCUCAUGUGAAGGAGUACGUGGAGGCGGACCAGCGACUGUCGCUGCUGCGGCACGAGGUGGCUCAGGAAGUGAUGCGCAUCCGGCACAAGCUAGAGCGAGCAGAGCGGGCCGUCACACCGACCCUGCGGUCACUCGACUUUGCUGGCAUCGCUUAUGUACAUCCUCGCAUUAUUGUAGAGAAGAUGAACCUCAGCCGGUGGAGCACUAUGCUAGACUAUCGCACCUUCAUCAACUUGGAGAAGGACGGUGAAGAAUCGGUUGUACGCGCGACGGCCGCGAUCGAGAAGCUGCGGAGCGAGCUAGAGACCCAGAAGAUGUCGACGCGCAACCAACAUCAACACCAGCGACUGCUGUGCAAUGCGAUGAAAGUGGGCGCCGGGACAGCACCAAGCACGAGUGGGUCGGUCCUGCACGCUUGCGGUGCUGCGGGCAUUAAGUCGACCGUCACGGGCACUGCACCCGCCAAGUCCGCGCCUCUGGGCUUUGUUGAGCGCGUACACGCGAUGGUGCAGCAGGGCGGUACGCGCUUUGGCGGCGCCAGGGGCACAAACACGUCGUCACCCUCGAAGGACACGCCAGGCGGUGCCGCCGCCUCGCCAUACAUUUCGCGUCCGGUGGCACAUUCAACGGCAAGCGUGGUGAACAGCGAUGGGGCUGUCAUCAACACGAGCGCCGCUACAGCCACCCCUGCCGCGCCACUGUCGCUGGCGCACAUGGAAGGGGCGACAUUUCAGGCGCUCUUCGACUACUGCGCCCGCGCGCCAGAUGAGCUAACCUUUGAGGCGGGGCAGGAGAUCAUCUGCAUUAGCCGCGCACCGGAGGAGGGUUGGUUUAGAGGCGUGUGCAACCAGCGCACCGGGCUGUUCCCAAUCAACUACGUUCAGCCUGUGCGCGAGGGAGCCGCGGCGCGGUGA